CAGCAACAGCUGCGACCGAAGAAUAGAGCGUGAAGAACGCGAGGACUUUCCAGCGGCUGAUGCAGCGCCGGGCGCAGCGGUCGUCGAUCCAUCUGAUACGAGCGUGAAGAAGAAGGAGAAGGAGAAGGAGAAGAGGAAGGAGGAGGCCGGAAAAUGGCGUACCCGAGCAUGGGCGAGGCGCACCGGCGGGUCACCGACUACCUCGGCCGCUUCUCCGACGCCGUCUCCACCCAGGACGUCGCCUCCCUCAAGCCCCUCCUCUCCCUCUCCUCCGCCUCCCCUUCCCUCCUCUCCCUCGCCGACGCCCUCAACCUUCUCCAGGACGCGAUCAGGCUGAUCAAGCAGUCGGAGAAGUGGUCCCAGCUCGCGGAGAUCGUCGCGCCUCUCUUCCGUUGCCUCCAGAGCUACCGGCUCAGCAACUUGGCCGACGCCUAUCCCGCCUACGAGAAAGCUGCCAACGCGUUCAUUCAGGAGUUUAGGAACUGGGACUCGGCUUGGGCACUGGAGGCAUUGUAUGUGAUUGCUUACGAAAUUAGGGUUCUUGCCGAGAGGGCGGAUAGAGAACUGUCCGCCAAUGGGAAGUUGCCGGAGAAAUUAAAGGCGGCCGGCUCCUUCUUGAUGAAAGUGUUCGGGGUCCUAGCCGGGAAGGGCCCCAAACGCGUAGGAGCAUUAUACAUGACUUGUCAGCUGUUCAAAAUUUACUUUAAGCUGGGUACAGUUCACCUUUGCCGCAGUGUCAUAAGAAGCAUUGAGACUGCGCGGAUAUUUGAUUUCGAAGAAUUUCCUCAAAGAGAUAAGGUGACAUACAUGUACUACACAGGACGUCUGGAAGUUUACAAUGAAAAUUUUACAGCUGCUGAACAAAAAUUAUCUUAUGCCUUGGCACAUUGCAAUCCUCAUAGUGAAGCAAAUAUAAGGAUGAUAUUGAAGUACUUGAUACCGGUGAAGCUUUCAAUUGGAAUUUUACCGAAAGAUUGGCUCCUGGAGAAAUAUAACUUGGUUGAGUACAGGAAUAUUGUGCUAGCUCUAAAGAGGGGUGACCUUCGACUUCUUCGAAGUGCCCUAGAAGAGCAUGAAGACAGGUUCCUUAGAUCUGGUGUAUAUCUUGUUCUAGAGAAGUUGGAGCUCCAAGUUUAUCAAAGACUACUGAAGAAAAUUUACAUCAUUCAAAAGCAGAAGGACCCAAGCAAAGCCCACCAGAUGAAGUUGGAAGUUAUUAUCAAAGCAUUGAAAUGGCUUGAGAUCGACAUGGAUUUGGAUGAGGUGGAGUGCAUAGUUGCCAUAUUGAUACACAAGAACCUCGUCAAAGGUUACUUUGCCCACAAAAGCAAAGUGGUGGUCUUAAGCAAGCAAGAUCCUUUCCCCAAAUUGACUGGAAGGCCUGUGAAUGCCUAGAGAUGGUGUAUAUGGUUAUAAUACAAGUCGAGAUGAUGCAGUUCCAAUGGCAGGAGGAAUGCUAGACAUCUGAUGUAACAAUCCGAUCCCGAGUGUGUGAAGUGUGUUUCUUCAUGUUCCCGAUUCUCCAUCGGUGAAGGAAAUGGUCUCCCUCCCAGCGCCAUCAGCAACCAUACUCUCUUUGCCAGUGUCAAAUCGGUUUUUUUUUUUUUAUCAGGUUUCCUUCUAAAUCACCUGCUGAAUAACCUCAGCGGUAAUUUGUUAGGCUUGUGGGAUGGGGAGAUAUUCCAGGUCGCUCCAUCUCGUUAGUUACGGAAAUAUGAGGAGCUGUUUUUCGGUUAGAUUAGACUGUCGUAACACUUUUAAACUUUUUACCAUGGAUCAAACAGUUAACUUAAUGAGCCAUUACGUUUAAUCGACAUCCAAUUUUGUGCUUA